AUGUAUGUGGUAGAUGUUGAGAACGUCGAAUUGUCUAAAUAUCAACUAAAGGGUGUGGCUAGAACCUGGUUUGAUCAAUGGAAGGAUGGUAGAGUUGAGGAUGCACCACGUCCAAGUUGCGCUUGCUUCAAAGAAGCCUUCUUGGGGAGGUUCUUUCCUUGCGAACUGAAGGAAGCCAAGAUAGGGAUGAAGUUCAACCAGCUAUCUCACUAUGCUCUGGAGAUAGUGAAUGACAUGAGGAGCAUAAUGAGUCGGUUUGUUGCAGGGUUGGGUCGCGCUUCAAGUAAGGAAGGUAGGGCUUCCAUAAUGGUAGGUGACAUGGACAUAUACAAGCUGAUGGUAUAUGUUCAACAAGUUGAAGAAGAGAAGAGUCAUGCACCAUCAUCUACUAGUGCACCUGCACCUAGAAACCGAAGUGAGUAUAGUGGCCAAAAUUCGCAGCACUUCAAGGCUAGGCCAGCUCUGUCUCAAGGUUGUGUGGUGCAAGGAGGGUCAUUUCAUGAGAGAGUGCCUAAGGAGAAGCAAGGCGGUGGAAAACCAGGCAAUAGAGCUCAAUCUUCAGCAGUUGCUCUACCAAACAGGGAUGCACCAAGAGGAGUUGCUUCUGGUAUAGGCGAAGGAACAAAUCGCUUGUAUGCUUUUAAUAAUCACCAUGAACAAGAGAAUUUGUCAAAUGUUAUCACUGGUAUGAUUCGAUCCUUUGACUUUACUGCUUAUGCAUUAUUAGACCCAAGAGCUAGUUUAUCUUUUGUAACUCUUUAUGUUGCUAUGAACUUUGAGAUUUCUCCUGAAUAA